GCUCAGCUCCAUGAGUGAGUACAAGAAAUGACUGUUAAAUUAAGUUCUUCUAUAACUUGUGUCAGAAAGGGGGUCACCAAAUCAUGUUUUAUAGAGAGCUUUCAAAAUUGUAUUUGUGGUACAACCAGCGUUGGAAUGUAACGUUUCUAGUAAUAAUUGCUCAUUAAUUUGAUGUUGUAUAGCAUAUAAAUUGUCUUGUGGAUCCCAUGAUUUGAAUAACUUUUUUUUCAUAUGAAAACAGUUCAUAGUAUACACACAUUCAUUUAAAACUAUGGACAUUCCUGAUAAUUAAGAUUUCAUAUGUCAUAGGCAGAUGUCUCUGAGCAUGGGAUCUUUCUAGGAACUUUUAUUUGUUGAGGUUGGUGUGAAAGUCUGUGCAGCUUUGACCAUUGCUAGCCAUAGAUAUUGAUUCUUGCUAUCCAAGGCCUAGCAGGCAGGUAUAUGAGAAGGAAAUAGGAACAACAGGUGUCUCACACAACCAUAUGGACCAUAUGGGACACACAGGUGGAAUGAUACCAAAAAGCUCAUCUUAUAUAAGCAGACUGUAUCAGACUCUUAGCAACAUAUCUUGCUGCAUGUAUAAUGUUCAGUGCAGUCACUAAAGUGAUUGCUUUAAUAGAAAGACUCAUGCAUCUUGCUCGAGUUUCUAGAAGUCCAACAGAAGAAACAGCCAUAAAAUCACAACUUCCUGUCAACCAGGAUUUGUCUGAAGUUCCUGAAGAAACAAGUUCAAAAUGGUGUUUUUCAAUUCCACGGCGGUAUGUGGUUGCAAUUAUGGCAUUCUUCGGCUUCUGCAAUGUCUAUGCCCUGAGAGUAAAUCUGAGUGUUGCCAUAGUUGCAAUGACAAGCAAUUAUUCACACACUGAAAAUGGAACAGAAAUAUUUAAACAAGAUUAUCCAUGGAGCUCAGAAGUACAAGGAAUUGUUCUGAGUUCUUUCUUCUAUGGCUACAUUGUGACUCAGAUACCAGGAGGGUGGCUGGCUACUCGUAUUGGUGGAAGGAAAUUGUUCGGGAUUGGUGUAGGUGUGAGUGCACUAGUAACACUUCUGACACCAGCUCUUGCCUCUGCAAACCUGUACCUGCUGGUUCUGGGCCGAGUGGUUGAGGGUUUGUUUGAGGGAGUAACCUAUCCAUCUAUACAUGCAGUAUGGAGUCAUUGGGCUCCACCUCUGGAAAGAACUCGCCUUGCUACCAUAGCUUUCUCAGGAAGUUACUUCGGAACUGUAAUCUCUCUUCCAUUAUCAGGGAUGUUGGCCGAGUAUGUGGGGUGGCCAUAUAUAUUCUACUUAUUUGGUAUGCUUGCAUUGAUAUGGUGUAUGAUGUGGUGGUACAUAGUUGCUGAAACACCACAAGCUGAUCGCAAAAUCACGGAGGUGGAACUGGAAUACAUACGGUCAUCUAUUGGCCCAUCAGCUAACCAUAUAAAGGUGAAUGUGGACCCUCCUUGGAAGAGGUUCCUAACUUCAUUGCCUGUUUGGGCUAUCAUGAUUGCCCAUUUCAGUGAAAACUGGGGUUUCUACACUCUCCUUACAGAAUUACCAACAUUCAUGAAAGAUGUACUGAAGUUUGAUCUGAAGGAUGCAGGUCUGCUUGCUUCCCUGCCUUAUUUAGUCAUGGGUAUCAUGGUGCAAGUUGGUGGGUUCUUAGCUGACAGGAUGAGGUCUGAGGGACAUAUCACAACUACAGAGGUGCGAAAACUUUGCAACUGUUGUGCCUUUGGAUGCCAGACACUGUUUCUAAUAGCAGCUGCACAUUCUACAACUCCUAGUGUUGUUGUGGUAUGCCUGACUGUUGCUGUAGGAUUUGGAGGUUUUGCCUGGGCUGGCUUCAGCGUAAACCAUUUGGAUAUUGCACCCCAGUUUGCCAGCAUUCUCAUGGGCUUAUCCAACACUGUGGCUACAUUGCCAGGCAUGGCCAGCCCUCUGCUAACAGGCCAUCUUGUGCAGCAUAAGACUCAUGAAGAAUGGGAAGUGGUAUUCUACAUUGCAAGUGGUGUGUACCUGGCUGGAGCAGUGUUCUAUGGUCUGUUUGCAUCUGGAGAGAGACAGAAGUGGGCUGAAAUUCCAGAUUCAUAUGCGCUGUGCAGAGAUGACCAGUCCCAUGCAUCUACAGAUGAUAUGCCAUAUGGAUCUGGCUCCUGCGAAUAAAAUGGAACUAUUAUCAUUUUCUCUUUGUUGGAAUAUGAUCUCAUACACAUUAAUAUAUCACUUUUCCUGUAUCUUUAUCCCUGUAAUGUUAUCUCUUUCUGCAUACCACAUAUGAGCAGUAGAAUGUAAAUUCAUGUUAAUUAAUGAUAUGUAGGAUUGAGACAGUCUGAGAGUAAUCAAUGCAUUGAAUUUUAAUAACAGUAAUAUUUUCUUUACUAGAGACAGAUCUGUAAUCUGAACUAAACCAUAUAAGAAUGAAAUUUAUGAAUUGCAUGGAACUGAAAGCCUGCUAACAGCAGUUGAUGCAGUGUUAGAGUGUGACCUAUCUCAGUUAAUUUUUAAAGGACAGACUUGUAUUGUAGCUGUAUUGUAUUGACUCUUAUUAUCAGGAAUGUGUAAAAAGAAUCAGUAACUUUUAUGACAAGUCAACAUGUUGAAAGAACAAUCAGACAUUUGCUACUAUAUGUUACUGAUAUGAAGAAAUGUAAACAUUGUGAUGCAUAAGACCAUUGCUAGGCAACGGCUCGGUAAAUAUGUUCCUGUGGUUUCGCUUGCAACAGUGGAAGAACAUCCAUUGCUGGAUAAUGGGUCAGUAGACACGUUCCUAUAGCAAUCAAUCAGCACACAAUAACAGAGGAACUGUUGGAGGUGAUGACCUGUAUUUGGUCCUCUCUGAAGUUAUAAAGGGGUCACAUGUAAGAAUGCAUUUAUUUGUAAGAGAGUUUAGAGUUCAACAGUUGAAUUGAGUGUUCAGCUGUGGAGUGUUAACCAGCGGACAACGGAAGCCGAAGAAGUGACCGACUCGUAAAUCAGAACCA